UAUUUCAUUGUCUGGUGGCUUUCGGAUGUGACUUAUGUACUUUGCCAAGAUGGGCCAAGGAUGCUACAUUGCCGUAGUUCUGUUUAUCGUUGUUUUAGGCACAACUCAGUUUGGCACAGCACAGAAAUGCUAUCAAGACGAUGGAAGACCUUCUUGGUGCAUGCCUGAAUUGAUCAAUGCAGCGUUUGAGAAAGACAUUUAUGCAAACAAUACUUGUGGAGUGAAAAAGGCCAGUCAUUAUUGUGUUCACAGUGGUCACAUUGGACUUCAGAGGACCUGUGAGAUCUGCGAUAGUCGUAACAAAACUCUCGAACAUCCAGCUCGAUAUAUGAAUGACAUUGUUCAAGAAAUUGUUACCUGGUGGCAAAGUGACACACUUUUUGACAACAAGUACCCUGUUAGGAUUAUUCUAGACCUAGGCAAAACUUUUGAUAUAACAUUUGUUUGGAUAACUUUUCACUCUGCAAGACCCGAGUCUUUUGCCAUUUACAAGAAGAGCAGUACUGCCAAGGAUGACAAAUGGAUACCAUUUCAGUAUUAUUCACAAUCCUGUAUGAAAAAUUACAGAGUUUCCCCUUAUCAAUUUAUAACAAGAAGAAACCAAAAGGUCGCCUUGUGUUCAGAAAAGUACAGUAGAAUUUUACCCCUCAGUUGGGGAACUGUGGCGUUUUCAACCCUUGAAAAACGGCCUGAACGCUUUGGUUUUGAUAGAAGCCCUGCUCUACAGGAAUGGGUCACCGUUGCCUCCUUGCGAAUCGAUUUAGACAGACUGAAUACUUUCGGAGACGAAGUAUUCGGAGACCCUGAUGUGCUGCGCAGUUACUACUUCGCAAUUUCCAACCUGAUGGUUGGUGGUCGAUGCAAGUGCAAUGGCCAUGCAUCCGAAUGUUUACAUCUAGGAAAGGAAAAGCCAAGGCUCAAAUGCAAAUGCGACCAUAAUACUGACGGUGAUGAUUGCGAGAAGUGCCUUCCUCUGUACAAUGAUACUCCUUGGAAGAGAGCAACGCGAUACUCGGCUAAUCCAUGCUCACCUUGCAAUUGCAAUGGCUUGGCACAGUCUUGUGUAUUUGACUUGGAUUUGUACAAAUCAACUGGCCGUGGGGGGAGGUGUAUUAACUGCAACAACAACACUGAUGGAGUCAACUGUGAAAAGUGCAAACUAUAUCACUACAGAAAGUUUACAAACGAGGCAUGCAAACCAUGCAACUGUGACCCCGUCGGCUCCAAGCGUGCUCAGUGUAAUUCUGAUGGACAAUGUGCCUGUAAUCCGGGGGUUUUCGGGAAAAAGUGUGAUGCGUGCCGACCAGGAUAUUAGAGUGUUUAUGAUUCUGGACGCGCCACAUGAAGACGCGCCUGGGGGGUCUAGAAACAAGCGCGGUCGCGACAUCCCCCUUUACAGCAAGAGCGUCUUCACCCAAAGUGAACGUGAAAAAUAGGAAAUCGACGUCCUGUUUUAUCGAAGAGAACUUUGCUAAUAAACGACAACCGAAAAAAUGGCCUAUGAUCGAGGAAAUGCCGAACAGAGAAACCAGACGUUCGUAGCUCUAAAACAUUUAAUACAAUAACUAGAUACAUUUAAACUAUGUGAUAUAGUUUUUGUUCUUUAUUAAAGCCUGUAUGUUAUUUUCUGGGAGACACUGCAGUAAAUAUUCUUGAAGCUAAUAUAGAAACAUUCUUAGUAUGAAUGCAAUAUCAAUGCCCACAGUGAUAGCUUUUUGGAAUUCAAAUGAAAACCAUGUUACUACAUUUCAAAUGUGUAUUUAGUUCACAUUUAUUAUUUCAUUGUUCAAGUAUGGAUAUUGAAAUGGUAAAUUUCUAACAAUUUGUUACUAAUUCAUAGCCUCUAGGAUUAUUAUUUUGAUAAGGUCUAGGUUUUCGAAUUAGCAGAUGCUUUCUUCUUUUGUAAUUUGAUUUUUAUUCAACUAUAUUUUUAGUUCUUUAAAGGUUGUAUCUAGUAGAAUUAAAAAAUGAUUGAACUGAUUUGAACUGAGUUAAAUUUUGAACAGUUUCGUUUUUUCACAUCUCCUUUUUAUAUCUAAACUUCACCAAAAAUUUGUAUGCAGUUUGGGAAGUUAUUAUCUUUUUUAUUCCUGUUUGAU